CCCAAAACUCAAACUUAUCCUACUAGCAAUCAAAAGAUCAAAGAACAAAGCCAGGAAAAAGUAGUAACAUUUUAGAAGACAUUUAAAAUCAAAAUGAGUUCAAGCAGGAGAGCGUGGAUAGUAGCAGCAAGUAUUGGAGCUGUUGAAGCCUUAAAAGAUCAAGUUGGUUUGUGCAGAUGGAAUUACCCAUUAAGGUGUGUGGCACAACACACAAAGAAUAACAUAAGGUCUUACUCUCAAGCCAAGAAACUUUCUUCAUCACUAAUUGCAAACAAGGCAGAACAAUCUGAAGAAUCUUUGAGGAAAGUUAUGUACUUGAGCUGUUGGGGUCCCAACUAAUCAUUUUCAAGAUAUAUAUAUAUAUAUAUCUUCAUGGUCAUUUUGCAGACCUGAAGAUUUCAAGCCGGAAUAGCAUAUAGAAAAAUAUAGUGCUAUGAUUGUAAAUAAAUAGGACUGUAUUUUGAAACUUUCGCAAGUUAAAUGAAAAACUGCAAUAUAUAUGUGGUGUUGAUGUUUCGAUAA